AUGAGAAAUUCACCAAAACUUUAUGUAGCUUCUCUGAUCAUGGUUCUUUUGUUUGGCCCGAGUCAUGAACUACCACCGUUUUGGCCCGCAACCACCGUCACAAUGACAAAUAAACUUGGAGGUCCACUUCUUACGGUUCACUGCAAAUCCAAAGAGAACGAUUUGGGGGUUCACAUGGUGGCUGCCAACACAGAUUACUUCUUUACGUUUCAGCCAAAUAUAUGGAAAUCAACACUGUUCUUCUGCAGCUUCCAAUGGAACAAUCAAGUCAAGCAGUUUGAUAUAUUUGAUGCCAUGAGAGAUCAAGAUGACGGUUAUAAACAAAACUGGACUAUUAGACUUUAUGGCCCAUGCAAGCUUGGUAAAAAGGUUAACUGUUUCCUAUGGAAAUGA